GAGAAGAUAGGGAGGACCUGAGCGACAUCAAACCCAGAAGGCCUCAAUAAAUUGACGUCGUCUCGCGUUCUGAGAUCUCCGCCGCACAAAUCCUCGAUCCCUCCGCCGUCACUCCUUUCACGGCCUCUUCCUUACACCCAUCCAUAUCAAGAGCCCCUCCGAGCCCUAAUCCCCCCCCAACUGAUCUGCUAUAGGGCUUUUCUUCUCUGCAUUUUGCUGCUGCCUACGAGGUUGGGUGGGGCUAUUCCCUCUGAAAGAUUCUGCACUUUCUGAGAAUUGGGUCACACAUAAUUUGCUUUUCUCCAAGGAUGAAUCCGUAUAUUGUUGGCAUUUUUGUUCCACUUAUAGCUUCACUUAUGUUCCGAAAAUCGAAUAAUGGAAAGAAAAGAGGGUUGCCUGUGGAUGUUGGUGGAGAGCCUGGAUAUGCAGUUCGCAACUACCGAUUUACUUCUCCAGUGGAGUCUCUUUGGGAAGGGGUUACGACGCUGGCUGAGCUAUUUGAGCAAUCCUGCAAAUGCUUCGCAUACAGGCCUUUACUUGGAUCUCGAAAGCUUAUAACAAAGGCAAUUGAAGUAAGCCAAGAUGGGAGAUCCUUUGAGAAGCUUCAUCUGGGAAGCUAUGAAUGGGUUAGUUAUGGGGAGGCUUUUAGAGCUGUCUGCAGUUUUGCAUCUGGUCUAGUGCAACUUGGCCACAAAAAAGAUGAGCGGAUUGCCAUUUUUGCUGAUACACGAGCCGAAUGGUUCAUUGCUUUACAGGGUUGCUUCAGGCAAAAUAUCACAGUUGUUACGAUAUAUGCUUCAUUGGGGGAGGAUGCUCUUUGUCACUCACUAAAUGAGACAGAGGCAUCGACUGUAAUUUGUGGACAUAAGGAACUUAAAAAACUGAUUGAUAUAAGUCAACAAUUAGACACUGUAAAACGUGUUAUUUAUAUCGAUGAGGAUGGGGUUUCAAGUGAGGUUUCACUGGCCAAGAAGAGUACCAGUUGGAUGAUUGCAUCAUUUGGUGAAGUAGAGACAAUGGGCAGGGAAAAGCCUGUGGAUGCAGUUCUGCCUCUUGCAGCUGACAUUGCUGUGAUAAUGUACACAAGCGGUAGCACUGGUCUACCAAAGGGAGUAAUGAUGACACAUCGCAAUGUUCUAGCUACAGUUUCAGCUGUUAUGACUAUUGUUCCUUCCAUUGGGACUAAAGAUAUAUACAUGGCGUACCUGCCACUAGCCCAUAUUCUUGAGUUGGCUGCAGAGAAUGUAAUGGUUGCUGCAGGGAUUGCUAUAGGAUAUGGAUCACCUUUGACUCUCACUGAUACGUCAAACAAGAUAAAGAAAGGAACCAAAGGUGAUGCUUCAGUUUUGAGACCUACACUGAUGACUGCUGUCCCUGCUAUCCUUGAUCGUGUCCGUGAUGGUGUGCGGAAAAAGGUUGGUGCUACGGGUGGGUUAUCGAAGAAAUUAUUUGAUGUUGCAUAUGGUCGUAGGUUAGCUGCUAUUAAUGGAAGUUGGUUUGGAGCAUGGGGUUUAGAAAAAGUUUUGUGGGAUUUGCUUGUCUUUAGAAAGGUUCGAGCAGUUUUGGGAGGACAUGUACGAUUUCUACUCUCCGGUGGUGCUCCUUUAUCUGGUGAUACUCAAAGAUUUAUCAAUAUAUGUCUCGGGGCUCCAAUAGGACAAGGAUAUGGUCUGACUGAAACUUGUGCUGGUGGAACAUUUUCCGAAUAUGAUGACACUUCUGUUGGUCGUGUUGGUGCUCCACUUCCAUGUUCAUAUAUCAAGUUGAUUGAUUGGGCAGAAGGUGGAUAUUUAGUUACAGAUUCACCAAUGCCUCGUGGGGAGAUUGUUAUUGGUGGUCCAAAUGUUACACUUGGGUACUUCAAGAAUGAAGAGAAAACAAAGGAAGUUUACAAGGUUGAUGAGAGAGGAAUGCGGUGGUUUUACACUGGCGAUAUUGGAAGAUUUUACCCUGACGGUUGCCUAGAGAUCAUUGAUCGCAAAAAGGAUAUAGUGAAACUUCAGCAUGGUGAAUAUGUCUCUCUUGGAAAGGUUGAGUCUGCUCUAAUCGUGAGCCCCUAUGUGGACAACAUCAUGCUGCACGCUGAUCCUUUUCACAAUUUCUGUGUGGCACUUGUUGUUGCUGCACCCCAUGCCUUAGAAGAAUGGGCUUUAAAGCGAGAAAUAAGUUACAGUGAUUUUUCAGAUCUGUGCCAAAAAGAGGAAACAGUGAAAGAAGUGCAUGGGUCAUUGAUUAAGGCAGCAAAACAAGCAAAAUUAGAUAAGUUUGAGACUCCAGCCAAGAUAAAGUUGCUUCCUGAACCAUGGACCCCGGAAUCUGGUCUGGUCACUGCUGCACUCAAGCUCAAGAGAGAAGUUAUUCGGAAGGCGUUUGCUGAUGACCUUGCAAAUUUAUAUGCGUGAAUCUGAGUUACUUUAAGAGAGGAGGUGCGUAGAGCUGCACCUAUUUACCACGUAUUAGAAAUUUUAUGUAUUUACCGUGAAUCUGAGCUGCACCUACCACCUAUUUACACAGUGACAAAGCUGGGCCAUUUCUGUUUUUUUCUUUCUUUUUCUCUGUGAAUGAUGCUCCAGAAACAAUGCUACGAAAGGCCAGCGAUGAAAGAUCAUUACUUCAAAAUGACCCCCUUUUUUUUCACUUUUU